AAGAAAAAUGCACUGAGAUAAAGGACUAUUGAAAUAUGGAGAAAUAUUCCAGUUUCUUUCACCUUUCCUGCUUAAUUGAAUGUAUGUGUGCAUGCAUAAGUUUGUGUAUUGUAUAAAACUUAUUCAGCUGCUUGCAAACUCAGUGGUGUGCUCCUUUUUUAAAGUGUGUGUAGAAUUGUGUCUGUUACACAAAAUGUGUGUGUCUUAUUCUCCAUGUGCGUUUGUUCUGUCAAGGAAUCUAUACUAUAUGUACUUUCUUAUGCUUGCCUUUGAAUUUAAGCCACUGAACUUCCUUGAUGUUUUUUCUUUUGGCAUGUGGGUCUGAUUUGGAUUUUUUUUCUAGACUUUCUUUGCAUGCUCAGUUCGUUUGAAGUUUGGCUCUGUUAUAAGGCCAUUGUGCAGAAGGAUGGCGUCCUAUCCACUUUAUUCUGCACUCUCAUUGAUCCUUUUGCUUUUCACCACCCUCUCCCCUGUUCUUGCUGGAAUGGACACUUGUUAUGACGAGGAGGGCAUCCCAAAUCGCUGUUUGCCUAAAUUUGAAAAUGUGGCCUUCAACCAGUCCGUGAUAGUUUCAAAUGUAUGCGGCAUCCCAGCUGAGGACUAUUGCAUGCAAACAGGGUCCACACGCUCAUGUCACUACUGUGACACCUUGGACUUAGAAUUGAACCACAACGGCACUUACCUGACAGACUUCCACACAGACGAAAAGCCAACCUGGUGGCAGAGCCAGUCCAUGUUCUAUGGAGUUCAGUAUCCUAAUUCAGUCAAUCUCACACUACAUCUUGGCAAGGCUUUUGAGAUCACAUACAUCCGUUUAAAGUUCUACACCAGCCAGCCAGAGAGCUUUGCCAUCUACAAGCGAACAGAGGAGAAUGUACCAUGGCAACCAUAUCAAUAUUACAGCGCUUCCUGUCGUAAGACUUACGGGAAGGACAAUAAGGGCUUCAUAAAGCCAGGACAGGAGGAGAGGACAGCACUCUGCACAGACGAGUUUAGUGACAUCUCCCCGCUAACUGGUGGAAAUGUGGCCUUCUCCACAUUGGAAGGACGGCCCAGUGCCUACAAUUUCGACCAGAGUCCUGUGUUACAGGACUGGGUGACAGCUACAGAUAUCCUCAUCUCUCUGGACAGGCUGAACACAUUUGGGGAUGAAUUCUUUAAAGAUCCCAAAGUGCUUCGCUCAUAUUUUUAUGCCAUAUCUGACUUCUCUGUGGGGGGCAGGUGCAAGUGUAACGGGCAUGCCAGUGAGUGCCUGACAGAUGAGGAGGGUAGUUUGGUGUGUGCAUGUAAGCACCACACUGCAGGGGUGGACUGUCAGCACUGUGCCCCAUUUUACCAGGACCGCCCAUGGGCCCGGGCCACCGCUGAUUCAGCCAACCAGUGUGUGAAAUGCAACUGCAGUGGUCUUGCUGAUGAAUGUGUGUUUGAUGUGAAGCAGUACCGCAGCACAGGAAGUGGGGGGCGCUGUAUAGGCUGCAGAGAAAACACAGCUGGGCCUCACUGUGAGCGAUGCAUAAAGCACUUCUAUAGAUCAUUACUGCAGCAGACCUGCCAAAGCUGCAACUGUAAUGCUAUGGGCUCUGUGAGUUUGCAGUGUGACGCAAAUGGAGUGUGUGUGUGCUGGCCAAGUGUGACUGGUGUGAAGUGUGACAUUUGCAUUUCCGGCUUCCAUUCUCUUGGCCCUGGUGGAUGCAGGUUGUGUGAAUGUGUUGAGAAGGGCAGUGUAGGAGUUUGUUCAGCUGAAGAUGGACGCUGCCACUGUAAGGCUAAUGUGGAGGGACAGUCCUGCAACAGGUGCAAACCAGGCUCCUUCAACCUACAACUGGAUAAUCCAGAGGGCUGUAAGAAAUGCUUUUGUUUUGGCCACUCCCUCGCCUGCUUAUCUUCCAAUCAGCACUUGCCUAUCAAUAUUACAUCAGACUUCCUAGAAGAUCCAGAUGGCUGGAGGGGUAUAUUCUCUGGAGGACAGGAACAAUCCCUUAUCUGGAAGGAGGGUAAAGUCUAUCUGUUGCCCUACAGAGAGGAGAAUGGCUUCUACAAAGCACCUGAUAAGUUUCUGGGGAACAUGUUACGAAGUUACGGACGAAUCCUUAGUGUUUCAUUUACGGCUGAGCUGGAAGAGCUCUUGCCCAGAAGUGUGACUGUGGUGCUGGAAGGAUCCGGAAUAUCUGUUACUGCUAAUUUGUACUCUCAAAAAAAACCUUAUCCCUCAUUGGACAAGACACCUAUCAACACCCUCACUCUCAGGUUAACAGAGAAGGACGUACAGCCAUCUAUAGCCUCCUAUGAGUUUCUCCAAAUGCUCUACAAUCUGACUGCUCUACGUAUCAGCAAUGCAGGGGGCCAGAAUUAUACCUCUCAACUGUCCAGGGUAGCCCUUGAAUCUGCAGUCCAGGUUACUUACCACCCUGAUGUGGCAGGGCGUGUUCCACUUGCUCCAUGGAUAGAGUUGUGCACUUGUCCCACGGGAUUUGCAGGGCAGUUCUGUGAACUGUGCGCCCCUGGAUUUACCAGAGAGACCCCUAAUGGUGGACCUUUCUCCCCUUGUGUUCCCUGCAACUGCAAUCAACAUGGAAUCUGCCAUUCUGAGACAGGUGUGUGUGAAUGCACAGACUUUACCACCGGCCCCUAUUGUGAACGUUGCCAGAAUGGUUACUAUGGCAAUUCAUUGACUGGCAGCCCAGGUGACUGCUUACCUUGUCCUUGUCCGGAUCGCACCACCUGCGCCCAGGUACCAGAGACGGAGGAUGUGGUUUGUACCAACUGCCCAGUUGGCCAGAGGGGUGUAAGGUGUGAAUUGUGUGAGGAUAGUUUCUAUGGCAACCCGCUCGGCUGGAGUGGUGAACUGCAGCUGUGUGUGAGGUGUGAGUGUAAUGGGAACGUGGAUCCCAACGCAGUGGGUGUGUGCGAUCAUGUGACUGGACACUGUCUGAAAUGCCGGGGUCAUACUACCGGGGACCAUUGUGAAAAAUGCAGACCGGGUUACUAUGGAAACGCUUUGGCCAAUGAACUCAGCCCAGAGCACAAGUGCAAACCUUGUGCAUGUAACAUGGCUGGGACAUCAGGAUCAAUGAAUGAAUGCCACCCAGAUACAGGAAAUUGUGUUUGCCUGAGUCAUGUGACAGGUGUAACUGCAAUCCCAUUGGCUCCUCUUCUUCCAUAUGUCAUCCAGUCACAGGCCAGUGCAUGUGUCGAACAGGUGUGGAGGGGAAGUCGUGUGACACUUGUCGAGUGGGCUUCUUUGGUUUCUCAUCUAGAGGCUGCAGAGUGCCAUGACAAUGGGACGUGUUCUUGUCGCCAGGGGUUUGUUGGUUAUAAGUGUGACAAGUGUGAACUUAACUACUAUCAGAACCACCUGACCCACCAAUGUGAGGAGUGCCCUGUGUGCUACAGUCUCAUCAGAGACCAGGCCAUUAAACUGAAAACCAAACUACAGGAGUUGGAGAUGCUGCUCUCCAGCUAUGACUGCAAUAGAUUCAGUAGCCAGUAUCGUGGACGCCUGCAUUACUGGCGCCAGCAGCACAGGCACCAACAUAACGGCCUGGACAAUCACAUACAAAAGGACCAGGAUGAAGACUAUCUGCCCAAUGCCUUGGAGGACCUCCUUGCUAUUCAAGAGGCUCGUGAGGCCUUCAUUAAGCAGUUCUCACAGCUGGAAACAUCUGCACAGACCUUACAGCUACAGCUGCGUAGCAUUGCAGUGGCAAUGAACUGCAACCUCACGGAGAGUGGAGAGGAAUCAGUGGAAGAAAAAACUCAGAGGGGUGAAAAUGAGUGUCAAGAGCUUGUUGACACAUUAUCUGCUGCUCUUAAUAUGCAGAGUCGGCUUCAGAUGAUGACUCUUGAACUUAACAGCAUGGUUAUCCCCUCUGUAAUCCCAAAAGAAACAAACAAAUGGAAUGCCAUCGUGAACGAAUCUGAAGUGCUUGUGAAAAGUCAUACAGACACAGCAGUUCGUAUAGAACAGAUAGCAAAAGAUGCCUUAAAAAUGGCUGGCAAAGCUUAUUCUCAGCUGAAUGCUCUACUAGAAGACAACUCAGCAGAGUCUCAUGUACAGGAUCUCACAGAGAAACUGGAAGAGAUGCAGCAGUUGAAGGAGAAUCUGACUCUUGAGGUUAAUGAGACUUUAGCGACACACCUGUCACUUCAGGAGCAGAAUACUGAGAUAGCUGCCAUUUUACAGAACCUCACCACUUCACUAUCAGAACUACACAGGAUGGAUGCCAAUUUCACCCACACAGCAGAGGAGACCAAUAUGACAUCUUCCUCACAAAUGCUUAAUCAAACAAAUGUCACAGCAAGCCAGGAUCCAAAACUCUCACAGAGCGAGGACCUGAUGAACAGAACAGCAGAGUUGGACAUUUCAGUCCAGUCCAAAGAGCAUCUGGUAAAUAAGACAAGACAGGAAAUUCAGCCUCAUGUGGACAGUGCAGAAAAACACAUGAAAAAAGUUCAAGAGGCCAAUCAGCUGAUGGCUGUUGUUGAGGGAUUUAAGGUGUCAGCCGUCUCCUCCGUGGUGACAGGGAAAGAUGUGGAGGCAGAGAUCAUUUCUCUGCAUAAAGGUCUAGAAGACAUAGAACAGGACUGGCCUAAACUGCCUACAUUAAGCAAAGGGUUUCUGAAGAGAGAGAAGGUGCUUAAAGAGAAGACCCUGGUAGAGGUGAAGAAAAGAGUGAAACAGGGAGAGAGAAUGAUCAAACCUGCACUGGAGAAUUCUACAUUUGCAAGCAACACGGCUAAACAAGCUGAGGAGAUUGCAGACACAGUGGCUAAAGAUGCCAAAGCGUCCCUCACACAGGGGAAGCGGACAAAACAUGCAUCUGCAAAGUUGAGCUCAGCAGCAGAUGCCACCCUGGAGCAGUUGAUUGAGCUGGAAAGCCAAGCUGCAGAUAAGCAGGAGGCCAUGGAGGAUGAAGAGGACACUCUUUCCUCAGGGAGUGUGAUAGGCAGUAUGGAGACAGCCAAGAGUCAGUUGGAGUCAUUUUCAAACAUGCUAUCCCUGCUCCUUAAACAACUGGGAGCAAACGUGGUAGUAGAGAACUAUGACCGCAUCCUGAAUGAAACUGCAGCCCGUCUUCGUGUUCUCAGAGGUGCUGUGGAGAGCCCAUCACUCACUGGAAAGAUCCAGAAGCUUCGCAGUGCUGCACACGAUCAAGAGAAACAGCUGCAAAAUCUUGAGCAGAACCUACGGGAGAUUCGAGAGGAAAGAGACAGUCUGACCAACAUCGUCCAGAACUUGCCCAAAACAUGCCCGCAAAGUGGGUAAUGAACCGGUAGCAGGCCGAAAGGAAAAGGAAGUAGAGAGACAAUCUGGUUAGCUCUGUCUAAUUCUAAUCAGUGUCUUUAGAGAGACACUGAAGAAGCUUGAGGGAGUUAGUUACUUCAGAAAAUCAAAGUCAAGGGAAGAUGAAGUGAAAAGGAGGAACAAAACUCUAAAAUCCUCCUCUACAUUACAUUGUCAACUCAGUCUGUACACAUAAAAUUGCACAUAUAAAUGACACAUUUUGUAUUUAAAUCAUUUACUUUAUUUUAUUCAUGUGAGGAGACUGAAUUGGUUUAUUUACCAAUUUAGGAUUUGUCGUUAUUGUUAAAGUCAAAAUGGAAAAUUAUCCACUAUAGCACUUUGAUUGGAAAUCAUCAAUAUUCAAGCAUAAUCAUCAGUGGAUUUCCAUAGAUGAUCACACUGACAUUAUACAUGAAUAUUGAUGAUUUGUAGACUCUAUGGAAUUAUAUUAUGAAGUUGCAUGCAUUUGUAAUAAUAUGCAAUUUUCCAGUACAUUAAUGCUAACUAAUGGGAAUUCCUGAAAAAUGUGGUCCCUUUUGUGGACACAUGGGAGUGCCAUUUACACAGAUGAAUCUUGGUUUUUGUACACAAUAUCUUGCACAUAAGCUUGGAAACUGAGGAUUUGCUUUUAAGUUCAGUAAAUCAAGUACAAAUAAACAGAUAUGUUAUAUAUGUGUGUGCUAUGCAAGCUGUUUUUUUAAGACUUUGGUCAUACAUCAGUGUGUGUUUACAUGUGUGUGCAUGUUGACAUUCAACUUACUACUAAUUUAGUAUCUAACAUUUAAAGUAUUAAAUAUUUAUUUCUGUUCUUAAUAUCAAUCUGUU